AGCCGUGGAUUUAUUCGCUACUGCUUUUAUGAGGAGCACAAAUAAAGGAGAUAAUGGGAAGCAAGUAGAGAGAUAGAAAAAAAGAGAGAGAGAGAGAGAAGGAGAGGAGAGAGGUGCGAUUAGGAGGAAAAAGAGAAGGAAGCGGAAGCAAAUAGAGAAGAUGGAUAGAAAUAGAGAAGCUAGAAGAGUACCUAUGGCGGCUGCCGGAAAUGGCUUGUCACGGCGGAGGCAUAGAGCCGGAAGUUUCAGAGAUUCUCCAGAGGACGACGGUCCGGUGGAGCUACCGGAGUCGGCGAGGCUGAGAGAUCGAGGAGGGAGUACGAAGAAGGAUCGAGAUCGGGAACGUGAUAGAGACAGGGAGAGGGAAAGAGAAAGGGAUAUAAGGGAGAGAGAUCGGCUAAAUAGCCGGAGCAAAAGGAGAAGAGGAGAACGGUUAAUGAUGGUUCACGGUAAUUUAGACGACGGUGGUGACGACAGCUCCGAGGAGAGUGUCAACGACGAUGAAGAAUUUGACGACGGAGGAGGCGUAGGACCACCGUCUUCGUUGAAGAUGCUUCCACCGACGAGCAAUAUCUCCGCCGCUUCCUUUUCAUCGUCCCUCUCAAAUCAUCACAACGCUAGCGGUAAUCUCCACCACCACCACCAUAACCACCACCAGAGGAAGAACUUCCCUCCAGCAUCAAAAGUUUUCAGAUCGCCUCCUUCUCCGGCGCCGGUAUCACCUCUCGUUUCCUCUUGGAAGGCCGCGGAUGAGAUGAUCGGUGUAUCGGUUCCUAGAAAAGCUCGGUCAGCUUGUACAAAGAGACCGCAUGAAUCAUGGGCUUCAAGUGCAACCGGCGGCGGCGUUUUUGUUUCCGGAGAGCAAAUCCACCGGCAAGUAUCAUCGACGUCACCAGCUAGAGUUAGUCCGGCUUCCAUUUUAGCGUCUCCGUCUCCUCCAGCUCCUACAUCUCCAUCUUCAUCUAGCGUUUCAGUCAGGAAAAAGAUGCCGUCGGGGACAAAACACAAGCCGCUCCCGCCGAAGUCAUCGUCGUGCAAGCUAUCAUCUCCGGUGGCUGUUCAAGACGAGAUCGAGAUCGAGAUUGCAGAAGUGUUAUACGGCAUGAUGAGGAUGCCUCUGGCUACAUCGAAACAAGAAUCCGCCGGUAACGAUUUGGUCGAAGCAGGCUCGAAACCGACGGUAGAAGUCAAAUCCAGAGUAUCUUCACCGAUCUCCAAUUCCCAGACUGUUCUUCACUCUUCCAUCACUCUAGCUGCGAAUUCGAGCUCUUCUAAUGUCUCUGCCAUCGCUCCUAAAAGAAAGAAGCCGAGGCAUGUCAAAUACGACGACGAGAACAGUUCUAGUUUACCGUCACGCGUCGCUGCAAUUUCGUCAAACGUCAAAUCCGAAGCCGAAGCUCCUUCGAAAAGUCAAGCUCCGUUCGGUGAUCAGCUGAAGAGAUCAGGCUCCGGCGAAGAGAACAGCUCCGUAUUGGAAUCGACCAAUCCACAGCCGAGAGAUAGCAACGCUUCGUUAGAUUCGAGAUCGUCUGACAAGAAAGAAAGUAAUCUUUCGAAAGAGGAAACAAAAUUGCCGAAAGUGGAACCUUCUUCAGGAUUUAGAUCCGAUGGUGACGGAGCUACCAUUUUAGGAGCUAAAUCAAGUUCGCCGGAGAAGGAGAAGUUUGAGAUAGAUCUGAUGGCGCCACCGCCGGUUAGAUCGUCGUCGGAGAGAGGCGGUGAGAUGGAAUGUGUGGCAGCAGAAGCUAAACCUAAAGUCACGGAAGUGGAAACGCAGGAAGCAAAGCCUCUGCAAAUGGAAGAUGGAGGUGAUGCGAAGAUUCUUGAGUCUGAAGAGAAGAAGAGACCUAGAUCGGUGGCAGAAGCUGAAACUCAAAAGUCAGAGAGGAAUUGUGAACUCAAACUCGACUUGGAUAAAUCUGAUCAUGUGGCUGUAAUUAACAAGCAUCAUGUUCAGAAACAGCCACCGCAACAACAACUAUCUGUUCCCGAGAAAACAGCUCAACCUGGCCCUUUGCCGCUACAUAUGUCAAUGCCUGGGUGGCCUGGUGGCCUAACUACAAUGGGAUACAUGCCAUCUACACAAGGUGUUGUCCCUACGGAUAGUAGUUCCUUAUCAUCUGCGGCAAUGCAGCCUCCUCCGCAUUUACUUUUUAAUCAACCGAGGCCAAAGAGAUGUGCAACACACUGCUAUAUCGCUCGGAAUAUUCAAUCUCAUCAGCAAUUCACAAAGAUGAAUCCUUUCUGGCCUGCUGCAGCAGGAUCGGCUCCAUUGUAUGGGGCCAAGGCCUGUAAUCUUAGCCUCAUGCCUCCCACAGAAUUGCAAGGGACAGUUUUGGGAAGAAGCUCCAACCCUAUUCCAGAUAAGAACUCUCAAUCUACUUCCAAAAGCUCAGAUACCGCUCAGAGAAAUCAAAUAUUGCUCCAACAAGCUCUGCCUCCAGGAGCAGCUAACAACAUCAUGCAUGCUCCGACAUUCAUUUUCCCCGUGGGCCAACAGCCUCACGCAGCUGCUACAAUAGCUGCCGCAUCUGUCAGGCCUCCUAAUAGUGGCAACACAGCUUCUUCUGGUGCGACAGCUUCUUCUAACUCGGUGAAUGGUUCUGCAACAGCUACUCCAGCUGGUGCCCCAACAAUGACCUUCAGUUAUCCGGGCAUGCCAGGCAAUGAAACGCAAUACCUGGCCAUCUUGCAGAAUAAUGGCUAUCCAUUUCCAGUCCCGGCACAUGUUGGUGCACCACCUGCUUAUAGAGGAGCUCCUGGGCAGCCAAUACCAUUUUUUAAUGGUUCCUUCUAUUCCUCCCAAAUGAUCCAGCCACCACAUCUUCAGCCACAAAAGCAGCAACAGCAGCAACAGCAGCAGCAGCAUGCCGCUCAAAUGCUCCAGGGCCAUGCUCCAAGCAAUCAGAAUGGAAGUGUUUCCACUGGUUCCUCGGCAGCACAGAAGCAUCUGCAGAACCAACAGCUGAGGCCACCGAUCAGUCACGGGAAUUCCCAAGGCUUUCCAGCUCACAAAGUUCAAUCUCAGCCUUUGAGUUUCCAGCAGAGGCAGCAACCUAGAGAAAAUGCGACUCAACAUAGCGAGACUGUAGGAGAAGAAAGCCCAUCAACCGCUGAUAGCCGGGCUCCUCGUUCCAAUGUUGCCUAUGGUCAGAAUUAUGGUAUGCAGAUGCAACCAACCAACUUGGGUUUGAUGAGCUCAGCAGCCUCAGGUGGUGGGGUGGUCGCAUCUCCAAGCAAUCAUGGUGAAAAGAAAUCACAGCAGCAGGUUUCAAAGGCUGGUGUGGAAUCGUUUCCGUCUCAGGGUUAUGCUAUGACCUUUGCGACAUUCAACGGGGCUAAUAGUGCUCCUUCCCUGAACAUGUCAUCAAUUGCUCAGAAUCACGCUAUGUUCCACAGCAUGCCAGAAGCAGCAAGGCAAGGUUAUCAAAUGAUGGCAGCGAACGUUGCUGCUCAAGCAGCCCAACAGAAGAUGACUUACAGUGCUCCUUCAGAUGAUGGAAAAUCUGGGUCUAAUGCUACUGCCAAUGCGAUGGAGGAACAAAGGAAGACAGGUGGAGGAGCAACAGGGAAAACGAGUGGUGUGAAUGGUGGACAGUCUAUUGCUUUCUCUAACAAACAUGACUUAGCUGAUGCAUCUGUUUCUGCGGUAACGAGUGGUAGCAUCGUUGAUACAUCCCGUUUGCUCAACCUUGGAUCUGCUCUGCCACAGAGUUCCAGUUCAAUGACGACUUCUCAUCACCAUCAUCAACAACAACAACAGCAGCAGCAGCAUUUGCAACAGCAGCAACACAUGCAACGGAGUCAAUCGCAGCAACCUUACACCACCAUGUAUCUCCAGAAGCAACAACGGUAUGCAACUUCAGUCGCUGCUUCUGCUGCUAGAACCAAAGGUCCCGUGGCUAAUAACGGGAGUGGUUUCCCUGAUCACAAUAUCACCGUCUCUCCCGCUGGAACCGCUAAGUUUUCAAAUUCCAAUUCAGGGUUUCCUCAGAACCUUGUCCAGUCAAGCAGCAGUCAGGUGCAGUCUCCUCAGUGGAAAAACAAUUCACCCAGGACGACAAACACUUCCCAAGCUCAGUCUCCUUCCAUGCUGUCGCAAUCUUCAUCCGUUGCUGCUGCAUCGUCGCUAAGAAACGUGUCGCAUAAACAGCAAGGCCGUCCUCAGCAAUCGCAGAUAUCUUUUGCAGCGAACUCAAAACCUAUGGCUUCUGGUUCACCAAUGCAGCAGGUGCAAGGAGGUAACAAUAACCAGGCUCCGUCUCCACCGAGGUUAGUUGGGUCUCCUUCUACGUCUUCAGUCUCCAAAAACGCGAGCGGAAGCCCAAGAACAACUGCUUCGGCUUCAUCAGCGGUGAACAAAGCUGGACAAGCUUGCUCUGCUACUCACUCAUCAUCUCAGCCGUCCAAGAACUUGCAGUCUGCAUCAGCAGCUUCUUCCGCUGGUGGAAGGAACAACGGUCCUUCUGUUCUCGGAAACCCAACCACGAGCUCUGGUUCCAAGUCACAACAACAACAGCAACAGUUGCCAAAGCAUGGGUUGCAGCCGCAAGCCCAGCUAUUCUUUUCUAAUCCCUACAUGCAAUCUCAACAUCAACAUCCACAGCAGCAGAUGACCAUCUCUCCUUCUGGUGGCUAUUACAUUCAAAGACAUCAGCAACAGUCAGGCUCCGCAGCUGCUAGUGCUCCAGUCACGCUCUCCGGCUGCACCACGGGAACAAUCACUGCCACUUCAGAUCCAGCGAAAGCCAUCGCUGCAGCAGCAGCCAGUAACAUGAAAGGAGGAGGUGGUGGUGGUGGUGGUGGUAUGGGAAAGACGCAGCAACAUCAGCUGGUGCCUCCAGGGUUCCCGUAUGUUCACGCGGUUCCCUCUGCGGUUCAAGUUAAGCCUGUAGAUCAGAAGCAACAAGCGGGUGAGUGAAAAGACACUCCUAAGGCCAUUUUUUGUUUAACUUAUAAAAAAAAACACUCUGAAUGGUUUGGCAAGUUCCGGUUUAUAGCUUGUGCUGGCGAGAUGAAAGAGAAAGACUUUGGAGUCGGAAGAAAUAAGCCAACGGAACAAAACACUCACAAGGGAUGACAAAUUUUUUUGGAGUUGGGAAGUGCUUUUUAAAGCAUUGUGUACAAUUAGUGUUUAUAUUAUUCUGACAGGAACCAACGGUUUCAAUUCCAAGAAAAAAAAAACCAAAAAGAACCGGAAACCACUGAAGUUCUUAGUUCUAACUUUUUUUUUAAAAAAUAUUAUUCAUUCUUCUUGACGAGGUUUGAGUGUCUUUGGUAGUCAAUUUAGUCAGGAACUUAACAUGAGCUAGCAAA